AUGGCGAACUCAAGGAGCAAACGAACCAAUAAAGAUCAAAUGGAGAUGAUAAUCAAUUUUCUUGGGGAAAACCGGGUACUUGUCACACAAAAAAUGCACCCGUUGAACACGGGUGACUGUGAACCUUUGUGGGAUGAAUUGACCGAGAAGUUGAACUCUGUGGAGAACGGUGCAAGAAAAGAUAAGAAACAAUGGAAAACUGUAAGUACCUAA